CAGGAAGAGGAAAGUCACUUUAGCCGUAGCGUUCUCAACUUGCAGGAAGCUUAAAAGCUAAACAAAAACAAACCGUUUAACAGCGCUCAAAGCGGUCUCCAUGGUCAUCGUUCAGCAGGCUUGCAAAUAGGUUUUUUGUUGUGGAGAAAUGUCGUCUUGCCGAACAGGGUCGUGGAUGUUUGCUACUGCCGCAGUGACAGUAUUUCUAUUGGAGACGGUUGUUUUCGCUGAAGCUAAGAAUUUUGAGGAUGUCCGCUGCAAGUGCAUCUGCCCGCCUUACAGGAACAUUUCUGGGAAUAUCUAUAACAUAAACGUCACCCAGAAAGAUUGCAACUGCCUCCAUGUUGUGGAUCCCAUGCCGGUUCCUGGCCAUGACGUGGAAGCCUACUGUCUGCUGUGCGAGUGCAAAUAUGAGGAGCGAAGCAGCAACACCAUAAAAGUGACCAUCAUCAUCUACCUGUCUGUCGUUGGGGCUCUGCUCGUCUAUAUGCUGUUUCUGCUGCUGGUUGAUCCUCUGAUCCGCAAACACGACCCCUACACUCAGCCUCUGCACAACGAGGAAGACUCUGAGGAGAUGCGUCCUCACGCAGACGCCGGGCUGGCCAGAGGAAACACGGUGCUGGAGCGGGUCGAGGGGGCACAGCAGCGCUGGAAGAAGCAGGUGCAGGAACAACGCAAGACCGUUUUUGACCGCCACAAGCUGCUGAGUUAAAACCUCACCGCUGAACUUCAGCCGUCCUCGGUGUGACAAAUCGCUCCAGGCUCAUUACUAUUCCACCCUCACCAGCUGCACUAUUUCAAAGUUAGCUUUCAUUGAUGUGCAAUGCAGUGACUGUACAACUUAAAAACUUCAGACAUGUUUAUCAAACAAGCAGAUGGGUUGUAAUCUUGAUACUUGUGAUAUGAACGCUGUAACAUGAGUUAAAAUGCAGCUGUGAAAAAAAUGCUUUGCACAUUCUUAAGAGUAAAUAUAUUCUGUUAUUUUAAACUCCAGCAAAGCAUGAAGUUUUGAAUGUCUUUCGAAAAAUAAUUGCAUGUGUUUUAGUGAUCGAUGUGAUGAGUUUUCUGCUAGUAGUUCUCCUGUUGCAUGAGUUUUAAAAGUUGCCUCACAAAAAAAAAAAAA